CGUCGGCAUACGCACGCGUUCGCGGUUAUCCAUUGUUUUGUGAUUCAAAUGUGAUAAAGCUUUAAAUAUUAUAAGUAAAACAUGGGAGAGGGUUCAGGUAUCGAUGAAAUACAAAAGCUCAGACCGAGCCAAGUGGCAGUUGACAGAUUAGCAGAUAAACCAAACAAUGCCACUAAUAAUAAAAAAAAUCAAAUAUUUCUGGAGCCGGCUUUAGUGGGGGCAAUGAUGGCUAUUAACUUGGGCCAGACAUCUCUCCAGAACCUAUAUUUGAGGACUGCGUGCACAGUAGAUUUAGGCAAAGACAUCAGCAUAUGUAAUCAAGGAGUAGGAGAAGAGUUUCGUGCUGCUGAAGCUGAAAGUCAAAUCGUGGUAGCCAGUAUAAACAUAAGUCGGAGUUUCAUUGGAUCACUGAUAUCUACAGUGGUCCUUCUAUUCGUGGGACCUUGGAGUGACUGUAGCGGGCGAAGGAAGCCCCUUUUGAUCAUGCCUCUGGUUGGCAUGAGCGUCAUGACGACUGGAGUACUCCUGAUGCUUAUAUUCCCCGGGGCAAACACUGCUCAAGUUCUCUAUAUGGUGCAGAUUCCAAUAUCCCUUGGUGGGAAUUUCGGACUCCUAUUAGCCGCAGCAUUCAGUCAUAUAGGCGAUGUUUGUCACGCGACAGGGCGUGACGUGACGCGCACCAUGGGUACACACCGCGCCGCGAUACAGGUGGCCCACGUGUUGGGUGCAGUCAGUGGACCUCUACUCUACCGGCACCUCGGAUUCUACGGUGUGUUUCCCCUUGUUUUAUCGCUGCAGCUCUCAUCGUUGGCCUACGUGAUUUGGUCUGUCAAAGACGUGAACGUAAAUAAAGAGAACACUGUAUCAGCAUUCCAUUGGCGUCUGCCCAUCAACGCAGUCAAAUGCUUGCUCCGAAGAAGAGACGGCUACAAAAGGACAAUUAUAUUACUCAUGCUGGUAGUCGCUUUAGGAGAUAGAAUGUUUCUAUCAGCGGAGGUGCUUUUGGCAUAUAUGUAUUACAGAUACAAGUUUCACUGGGAUGACGUCAUGUUUGGAAGUUUCCUAGCCUAUAGAAACAUUAUAAGUUUUCUUGGUACACUGCUCAUAUUGAUGGUGUUGAAGCGAAUAUUCAAACUGUCCGAUGAAAUAGUCGGCGCACUCAGCUGUUUCUCGUACGUGUUGGCUCAGUCUGGACUGGUUAUCGCAAGCACUACGCUCUUCGUCUUCUUCAUUCCAUUGAUCGGAAUCAUAUCGCAAGGUUCACAAGUCGUACAACGGCCUAUACUCAACAAACAGAUACUGCCCACUGAACAAGGAAAAAUAUACAGCGUGCUCGGCGCAUUGGAGUGUGCAACACAAACUUUGUCGUCUCCGCUUUAUUCACUUUUAUAUAGCAAAACGGUUAGCAGAUAUCCUGAUGCAUGGUUAAUACCCGGAAUAUUUUUGGCUAUAUUGCAAAUCCUGGCAUAUUUAAAAACUAGGCAGUUAGGACAGAAAACGGCAAUACCCAAUGAAGAAAUAGCUAAUGUUAAAAAUAUUCCGUUAGAAACAUUACAUAAGACUGAAGGAGAAAAACCUAUUCUUAAUAGUCUAAAUAAUGAUGAUGUAGUGCAAAAAGAUUUAAGAGGAGAUAAAACGUAGAUAUUGCUUGUUUUUAAGUUACUUUUAAUAAAUAUAUCAUUAGGCAAUUUUAAUCUUACCAAGAAACGAUAAGUAAAGUUAACUUGGACAGGGUUCAACACUGGAUUGCUGUUGUUGACAUUAUUUCAGCAAUAAUGUUGUGUGCAAUUAUCAUUGUCAUCCAUCCUACUCUAACCUUCACAAUUUCAAACACCGCAGAGAAUUGCCAUGUCCUGACAGAAAUAAGUUCACAAUAGAUCGAAUGUUGAUUUGUUUCUUCCACACCUGUGCGACGAAGCUUCGGGUGGAUUUAAGUGUGUCAAAGAUGACCAGUUCUAGCGUCUAAGGUCCACUUGUAGCAAUUCGAAUAAAUCUUAAUUUUAACUUAAACUAGAUUCAGCCCAUACAAUGAUGUUCAAUUAACAUGUCUAGUCUUAAUUGAACCGAGAUUCGCUUCAAGUGGGCCUGAAACGCAGCCCGAUAAUUAUUGCGACAGAACUAAUUCAAAUUUAGAAUGCAAAUUUUAGCGCAUCUUAGUACCAAAGCUUCAUCGUGCAGGUGUAGAAAGAACGUACGUCUUCGAAAUUCAAACUAGUACCGCAAAAUCCUCAAGAGAUACGGGAGGGGAAACUAGGAAAAAUUGGAUUUCUAAUAUUAAUUUAUCGUUUUCGUAGUAAAGCAAGUAGGUUUUCUAUUGCCUUAUUAAGAACGUCCUAGAAACAGGGUAAAUAUUUUAUUAUUGGUCUCGUUUAAAAUAGAUAAGAAAAAGAUUAUGUGAUAAAAGCGUGCGGACUUGGUAUUUACUGGAUUGUUACCAUGUACCAUACAGUUGCUGAAAUAUCAGAAACUCGCUAAAACAAUGUACAAGGUUGCAAUCCCGUAAAAACAUUCAUCACUAUAAUGUUAGUGACCAUGAAAG